AUGAAUCAGAGAGUAGUAGUCUAUGCAAGAAGAGAAAGACGUCCCAGAUACAACCACCCAUUUCACUCAAAGAUAGUCUCGUUUGGCCUAAGGAAUAGCCCUGAUCUGCACAACGUUAUAUCCCAGAUCGUUCAGAAUGCAAAAAAUAGGCCUACGUCCUACCAAGCCCCUCGAUCCACCUACCUAGUACCAGUUCCAUCACAACCGCAGCCCCUUGUUAUCACCAUUCCAAGCGCAUCAUUUUUCGCACCAAAGGUUCCGAAAAUCCUGACACUCAGACCCAUCCCAAAACCGAUGGUUAUCACCUAUCCACCCUCGAAGGGACCCAUCACUAUCAGCCUCCUGGAACCUAACACGGGAAAUCAUGCUGUGCCUUGGAAUUACGGCAUCGAGGCUACUACCGAACAAGGGGAAAAGAGCCCGAGUUACCAGAUUGCGAAGUUAAAGCGGAAUUCCUUUCAUUUAACUUGUGACGGUCAUUCCCCUGUAGAAAAGAGGGAAAAUAGAAUCUUUAUUUUUGCUCGCAAUAAAGUUAGCGUCCUGAUGUCCCUUGUGUCGUUGAAAGGAGUCUAA